AAAAAGAAAAGAGGAGUUAGAAAGCGCGGGAAACAAAGUUCGUCAGUGUGGCACUAGUGAAACAAGCAGAAAAAGUGCGGGUUUGACGAUUUGAGACUCUAGCCCGAGACGGAUGGUUAGGGUUAGAGUUAGAGCUAGGGUUAAUGUUAGGGUUUAGAGUUAGUCUGAAGAGUGAAGCAAUCAAAAGGGGAAACGAUGGAGGGAGAGGGACGUUCAAUAAAAUUAAGCCGAGACGAUAAUUUAUCAGUGGUGAACCUCAGUGGUCACGUCCACCAGCUCCCUUGCUGCGUCAAGUACGAUGGUUCUUGUGCCGUUUCUGAUUACUUCAAACCCAAAUCUGCCGGCAUUGGGGUUGAUGGGUUAAAAGUGGAAGAAGUCCAUUUCAGAGGAAGGAAGCUGCAAGGAGCAACAAUCCUUCUACCAGCUGGCUAUUCUGGCUUUGUCCUUGGAAAGAGGAGUCACGAAAAGCAAAAAACUUCUGACAUGAGUGAAAGGGACUUGUAUUGGGAGAUGAAAGCUAAAUUUGAUAAAUUGACAUAUUGGAAUCAUGACAGCCUUCCUUCACAAGAUGAUGCUUUUGCCCGAUCAUUUCACUGGUUUCCUUUAGCAGAAGCUUUGCAUAAGCCGGCCACGACUGAAGACUUGGUUAAGGCAUCUACUGAACUGAAGAACAAGUCACAAACUGAUCAAGUGCGGUGAGCAACUUAUCACCGUUGAAUAUUUUAGUGUAAGCUGUUGUCAUGCAUGUCCCUCCAGUUGGAGCAGGGAGUUAGAAGAUGCAGCAACAAAUGUGAUAGGGGGUCGUCCUGGUUCUCCUCUAUUUGAGAAAAUACGUUGUUCUUCCUCAUAUUAAAAAUUAGAAAUAAUGCCACCACCAGUCUUUUAAGUUAAACAACUUAACCUAUUAUUAUAAAAUUUUCAGAAUACUUUUUACAAAUAUUUUAAAAAUAUCAAUUUUAUUCUCCAUUUUACAUUGCACUUGUAUUAUUUUGUAUGACUCAUUGUAUAAAUAUUUAGAAGAUUCACAAGUUUUAGUUGACUUUACAUGAAUUUAGUCAGCAUAUAUCUUU